AUGUUCUUUCGUCGCAAUGCUCAUUUGGACUUGAGUACUUAUCAAUGCAAAUUCGAUGGACAAUGCGAUGUAAAUACACGCAGUCGGCGAGGAUGUCGAUUUUGUCGAAUGAAAAAAUGUCUAGCCGUUGGAAUGAACAAGGAACUUUUUCGAUCAGCACAUAGUUCUCGACGUAUAAAUCGAACACACGUCAAUGGCAGCACACAACUUCGAAAUAAGGUUUAUGUUUCAGGGACCAUUCAACCAUUGAAUCUUCUUUGCAAUGAUCGAUCAUUGUUAAAAUUCGAGCAAUGGUCGCUCUUGUCCAAUGUUAUUCAUUGCUAUGAUGAUUAUUGUCCAAUUCCAGAGAUUCAGAAAAGCAUGGCUGUCUACUCAAAUUGUCCACCCAAAUAUCGUCUAAAAAUUGCUGCUAAUAAAGCUGUACCUCAGUUUGCUGCGUUAUCAUGGACUGAUCGUCGGAAUCUCAUUCAGCGGAAUAUUCAUCAGAUGGGAGCACUACAUGGCGCGCACGUAUGUCAAGAAGGCAAAUUUCAUGAUGAUCCCACGAAUCGAGGCGUGGCCAUUGCAGAAUAUGGUGUGUCACUAAUAACCCUCAUGUUGAAAGCCAUUGAAUUAGGCAUUGCCGAUCGAACAUUAUCGAAAUUAUUUCUACUUGUUAUGAGCUUUUCAACUUCUUCCGAUAUGGUUCAACCGUCUAUUGAUGACAAUGGACUAUUGACAGGUAUUCUUUGUUCUUGA